ACUGCUGACGUCGUGCCAGGGACGAGGCUCAUUUCGGAGGGGAGACGAGCUGGGAGAGGCCGGCGGAGCUGCGGCUGCAACAGACAGCGCCCGCUUCUGCAGCAGCCUCCCUCCAGCGCUGCCCCUCUCCGCCUCCUCCUCCGCCGGCACCGGCCCUGGCUCUCCUCUUUCCAUCCCCGGGCCUCGGAAAGGCGGAGGGAAGGGGGCCCGCGGGGAGAGCCGCGAGGGGAGAACCGAGGGAUGGCAGGGGCAGGCGAGGGUGAGGGGGCGGUCAUCGCUUCCCGCCUGCUUGGGGCACUGUGCCUCUCCGCCGUCGCCUGCUUUCACCUGGUACAGGGGAGGGAAACCGGAGCAGACUGGAUCCUGGAGAAGUAUUCUCACCAACCAAGAAUUUUACAUUCUCAUGCUAUUCAAAAAGUUGCAGCAAACACAGAUGUUUCUGAAAUGUGGGAGAAUGAUUUGCGCCCUAUGCUGAUAGAAAGAUACUCGGGAUCACCAGGAAAUUAUAUCGUACGACAGCAUAUCAAGCACCGUCUUCAAAGACUACAGGCUGGUUGGGAAAUUGAAGAAGAUACAUUUCAGAGGUACACACCAUAUGGGUAUCAGACGUUUUCAAAUAUUAUCAGCACUCUCAACCCCUCUGCAAAACGCCAUCUAGUACUUGCUUGCCACUAUGACUCAAAAUUCUUUGGACAACAAUGGCAGGAGAGAGUGUUUGUGGGAGCAACUGAUUCAGCCGUGCCUUGUGCUAUGCUAUUGGAGCUGGCACGUGCCCUGGAUAACAAGCUUCAGUUAAUCAAGACCAGCUCAACAUCAAGACCAGACCUUUCACUUCAGCUCAUUUUUUUUGAUGGUGAAGAAGCCUUUGUCCGGUGGUCCCCUUCUGAUUCCCUCUAUGGAUCUCAACACUUAGCUCAAAAAAUGGUAUCUACUCCACAUCCGCCUGGUUCAACAACCACAAGUCAGCUGCAGGGCAUAGACCUGCUUGUACUACUGGAUUUAAUUGGUGCACCGAGCCCAGUCUUUCCCAAUUAUUUCCCAAACACUAUUCGAUGGUUUCAGAGGCUUCAAGCAAUUGAGCAAGAGCUACACAACAUGGAUCUGUUGAAGGAUCACCUUAUUGAAAGGCAGUAUUUCCAGACUACUUCACAUCGAGGCUUGGUUGAAGACGACCACGUUCCAUUUUUAUUAAGAGGGGUUCCAGUCCUACAUCUGAUUCCAUCCCCUUUUCCUGCAGUAUGGCACACCAUGGAAGACACAGAAGAAAACCUUGACAAAACCACUGUUGACAAUCUCAGCAAAAUCCUGCAAGUGUUUGUGCUGGAAUAUCUAAACCUGUGAUCAGCAAAAUGCCAACAAAUCAUACUCCAUUCUAAAUACUGUUUGCCCACCUUCACGUUUGCUAUUUAAUUGCAUUGAAGAGCACUAAAGCGAAGCAAAACAUAAUGAUAGCUUUUGCUAGACUGAUUAUUGAUUCAGCUGUUCCUGGCCCAAUGUUCCACAUAGCCAAACAAGAUAGCAUUAAGUAAGAAUUAGUUUCAGUCUGGAAAGAAUUUGAUCCUUCCAUGUCUUACCUCUGAAUAAAAAAACCCAGAAUUUUUCCAGAUUGUUAUCACCAGUUUAUGUCACAUAUUAAGAUCUCAGGAGGGAAUGCCUCCCGACUUAAGUGUUAACUACUGUUUUUACAAGGUGUGACCAACUUUUGUAGUAUUCAGCAAUGGAAAUUUAUACCACAUUACCAGAAGAGGGGGGAAAAAAAAAAAAAAUCACACUAAAAUAAACUUCUACUUUGGGUUGAACUAAACCACCUCAUCCUGAAAUGAGUUGCUAGAACUCCUGACACACAGAAGGGAUUUUUAAUCCUCUCUGCUCCCUCUCCCCCUUCCCCUACAAGGAGGGCUGAAAGGGCUUUUGUCCACAGAAAACAGGCCACCAGGAAACAGAGAAAUAACCCAAAUUCAGUUUUCUCCCCGUUGGAUACUUUUUGAUGGAGAAGGUUGGUGGGGAGUGAUGCUAAGAGGAAGGUAUGCCGGGGUGUCCAUUGUGCUGUGACUGCAACACAGGAGAUAUAAGCAGAAGAGUAGGUGGAGUGUGGGAGCAACGCCCCAGCACACGCCAUUUGUUCAUAUGAGAAUCAUUCACAAUUUGACCCAAAAUUAAAAAAACCCUGCUGUUUCUAAUACAGAUUACAUCAGAACUAAUCAUACUAGGAAAGUGAUCACUUUAGAAACUAUAGUUUUAUAUAAAAAUAAUUUUAAAGGCAAAGUGCUAUCUAUAAAGAGUAAAGUAAGUAUGAGUCAAAAGCAAGAAGACAGUUGAAGCAUCAAAAAGUAAGGACAAGCCAUAGCCCGUAUCAGAAAGAGAUACUCACCAGUUUAAACAACUCUGUGCUUUUACAUUCCUUACUGGGAUUAUUCAAUAAAUUUAGUAUAGCACUCUGGCAAAAAUCUAGCCUGGAAUGAAAUCAAUAGGAGAAGCUAGAAGAACAGUAUUCAAAAACUACCUACAGAAUUAUUGUUUCCACUGGUGAGAAAAUGAUGAGAGCAUUUGAAGAAAAAAAUAAAAAUAAAAAAAAAUCAAGCUGGUACAAGAUGAACAAGUCAGUAUUUUACUGCUCCAAACUUCCUCCAUUAGAAAAUUCUAUCCUGGGCAGAGAUUUAAAAAGGAAAUAAGGUAUGGAGGUUGUAGGCAUAUCAGAUUUGGCCUGUAUUUUACCAUUUUCCUAAAGCAAUCAUUUCUAAACCUAAGACAAUAUUUACAUACAUAUUUUAGAGUUGCAAUAGAAAUAUGUAUUUACAGCAAUACAAAUUUGUAAAAUGUUACUAUUACAGGAUAGCCUGAAAAUGAAAUUCAAUCUGGUUUUGUUGCUCAAGAUGAAACAAAAGCAUUUUAUGUUUUCCUAUCACUUUAACAUUUGUGAGAAAUGUUUAUUUUGCAUGCAACUUCUGAAAUAGAAUACAAUGAAAAUUCUAAAAAUUGGACAGAUGUGUUUAUUUUCAGAUAUUACUGUACAUCUGUGUAAAUACAUCAAAGCUAUUUGAACUCUUUGCUAUCAUAUUCUCCUCUAAUUCAGCCCAUGAGAAAACAUUCAAAACAUCUAAAUUAAAUCUCCUGAAGUUUGACUACUCUGAGCAGUAUAAGGCACCUCCUUCACCCUCUUAAGUGGCAAAAAAAAGGUAACAAAAUGGCUAUAAACACAAAUAUUAAACAUACUUCCUCAAGAAUUUGGAAGUUAACUUAAAAUAGGCUUCAUUAUGAAAUGUGGGAUCAGAAGGUUGUUAGAACCAGGAAAAGUCCGUUUUUUUAAAAUCUCUAUUAAGAGUUAGCUGAAAUCAUAAUUUAACCAUGUAGUACACCGAAUCUCAGGCACAUCAAUUUUGUCACCAACUUCUCAGUGCCUGAGCAUGCAGUUCUCAAAGUGUUUACUCAGUUCAAAGAAAUGAGAUACAGGUUGGUGUAAUAUGAUUCAAUAGUUCUCAAAACAUGAAGAAAACAUGGAGAGGGUUGGUUUUUUUCCUUGGGUUCUUGGGAUUUUUUUUUUUUUGGUACAGGAAAAGAGGGCCAUCUUUUAACUCAUAUGAGCCCUGGAAAGGGUUUACUUAAAGAGAGGAGGGUCAUCAUCUUAGCAAUUUAUAUGAUCCGUCAUUCAUUUAAAAAAAUAACUGCUGGAAGGAAAACAUCGGCCCAGUAACCACAUGAAUCCAAGCAUCUAAGCUCCCCAAAGCACAAGAACCUGAAGUAGUCAGUAAAGCAAAGACACAGUGCAAGGUGGGUUCUCACUGCUACUAAGGCAGAGGAGAACAAGCAGGUAGGAGAAAGUCUAGCCAUUUGAAAACAUACCCAGAAAACAAAAAAUACAAGUGAACAGACCAAGACUGGUAUCUCUUCCACUCUCAGUUGCAUCACUGAAUAUCACUAAGUAUCCAGAGCCGUAGGAUCUGGACAUGCACAGUACAGAUAAUCACUUCAGAAUUCAGAGACAGGCUUUAUGCUGAAGGACCUGUCCCUAGAUAGUUUCUCUGUCCCGGUUGGAUACUGGCAGCAGGGGACAGAAAUCAACUUCAACUAAUUUAAUAAUUAUUAUUUAAUAAUUAUACAAAGCAGCAGAAUCGCUACACAGGUUCCUUGAAUAGGAUUUGUCACAUCUCAGUCAAGGGGGGGGGAAAUAAAAAUCAUCAAUCUACCAGCCAUGAGAGGCUGUCACUGGCUUGUCAGAGUCCUCCCAAAGGUGCACGUGGCUAUUACCUGGCUGAAGGGAAUGCAGAACAGAACUGUUUAGGUAAAGCUACAAAACCCCCUCAUAUUACAUUAGUUGUUUAUAUUGUAGUAGGUGCUCUAGCUCCUUUUAUAUCAGGACAAUGCAGUUUUUCCCAGGAAUAUUAAGCCUAAGUAAUGGUAACUGCCUCUCAAACUCUCUAACGCUUGAUGCAUUUACCGACAAGUGAAGCGAUCCUAUGCAAUCACAGUUGGAACAAGUUAAGGGAGUAAGAAUGCCAAAUCCUCUGGUAGACAGAAACGAUAACAAGUACCAGUCCUCUUUUUUUCUCUAGUCAAGGCAGCAUUCCUACAACUAGGAAUGAAGACGAUACAAAUUAGCAAUUCUUAUUCACCACAUUUCAAAGAAACAUUUAGAUUGUGACCACCUAACAGCAAAAUACAAUUAGAAAAGACAAAAUGCAGUAAAAAUGCUUUCUGUAGAAUUAUUACAAGGACCCAGUCUACAUUGGUAGCAGACCCAGCAAACCAGUUCUGAAGUUUCACACAUCUGCUCAUUGAGAUUGAAGUAUCGCCCGAGAGCAUCACUUAAACAAUCAAUAUAUAUAAAAAGAUAACUACAAAAUCUUGUACACAAAUUAGCACUUUUUCCUUGUCAUUUAAGUAUGACACUGAUUUUAUUUUCCUUGUAUAAAAGGAGACAUUUUACUCUGUGCUGAUUUAACAAAUAUUCUUAAUAUAUUCAUAACAAUAAAGCAGCUAAAAAGCUGUUCUAAUCUCUAAAAGAAUCUUUAUCAUCUGCACAUAUGAGAUAUACUGUAAACAAUCACUCAAAAAUAAUUUUGUUAAAGUGAUUAUAUUGCACUCAGAAUUCUGGGAUUCUCAUUCUCCCUUCUCAUUUUAAAUCAAAGAUCAGCUUCAUUUUUUAAUAAAAUGGAGCUUUAAUUUUCUGUUAAAAACAAGUAGGCAUGCAAUCAAUAUAAUACAAUGUAUUCAAAAUGUCAGAAAAAGGGCAAGUGUUUUCUUAUGAAACUGGAGUAAGGAACAAUUCUCAAAUAGGCCACACGAGAGUAGUAUAUUGUAAACAUUCUGCUGGCUCUAAGGUGUUGCAGAUGCCGUGGACUGCAGUCUAGUUCAGCACCCAAGAGGUACAGAGAAUCUGUUCAAGUGUUCUUUACUUUAGUGAAUUGCCAUGCAGCAAUGGCAUGUGUCAUAGACUGCACAUAAAGACAGAGUAAUGAAACAGAGGUGAUGACUGAGCUAAUACUGACCUCAUAGAAACAUAGCCAAUCAUUGUAAAUUCAUUGUAAUCUUUAAAUGCAAGUUUUUCAGGUCAUUACAUUUUGUAACACAGCAAUGAAACUGUUACUCUUGCUGCAAAUGAAGUACAAAGCUAGAUUCCCUACUUGUAGCUUACAUGGACCACAUACCAGUGGCAGUCUGGACACUACUCUCAGCCUAAAACAUCCCAGCAAGACACCAUCAUGCAGAAUGUCACCUUGCUUUGUUUGCAGGAGUGAUGCCCCCCUCCUCCAUACAUUGGAGUGAGAAACACAGGUAGUGGAGGGAGGGAAAAAAAGAGGAAAGCCAUGUCGUUAUGCAGAAAAGGAAAUCCUCAGCCAGUGUGAAGAGGCCACAGAUCUUUAAAAUUCAAAUGAAGGCUGUUUUCUCAACUCAGUUCUAUAAGAGAAAGAUUUAUCAAACCCAUUAUCUUCAGGUAACAUAAUAUCUUUGGAGUCCCUGAGAUACUACAGCUCCAUAUAACCACCUUGCACAAAUGGAGAGACUGACUUCAGAUACAGAUUAACAAGGUGGAAGCCAAUAUAUAGCACCCUGAGUUGCAAGUGAAACAAUAGGAACAGGUGACCCAUUCCUCAACAGCCAAGAGACGCAGAAGAAAGUGCAGAGCAAGUAUUGGCUAGGGAAUUGUAAGAUACAUACUGCACAGGAGAAGAGAAAAAAAUGGAAGUAUUUCUAAAAGGCCUUUCCCUGUUAUCAGAGCAGUGAAGAAAAAGACAGCGGUCAGAGGGAAGAGCUCUCUGAGAAAGGCCCUGAAGAAAUACAGCCUUCUAGACAUACAGUAGAACAAUAAUAGAAAGGCAGAGACGAGUUAGGCAGUCUUGUUCCAAGCGUGCCCCAAAGGUUAAGCACUCUAGCAAUGACUAAGAACUGUCAGCGAUUACUGAUCUGUACUCUGGAUAUAAACCAGGAAUAUAAAUAGAUACUUUCCCCCCUGAAACUACAGAAAAAAUACAAAGAGGAAAAAUACAAAGUCACAAUGGAAUCAGAGAAUACUUUCCAUAGUCAAAAAUGAAAUACUGGCUUCAGAAACAAUACAGCCAUCUGCUCUGUAUCUUAAAUAAGGUUAAUCACAAAAAAAGAGGUGCUUGUAAAAUCGUAAGAUUGAAAUAUUUUAUUUCCCAGUAUAUUGCUAAAUAAUUUUGCAGUUAAACCAAAAAGGAAGAAAUAUCAGAGAUGAAUAUGGAAUACUUACAACUAGAAAAUGGUUGCUGAACCAUCUGAAUUUCUAUAAAAGCAUCAGUAAAAAUGUAAAAACACGGUCUCAUAAAAUUAAUUAGACUCUGAAAUGCCAGAUUGUCUUCACGAUGGCCACAAUAUGGAUACUGAUGAACCUUUGCAACCAAAAAAUAAUUGUGACUUUGCCAAAAGAUGGCUGUAUACAGCAAUCAAAACAUCUCUAAAAACUGGGACUUGUAUUUCUGCAAUUUCCUAUUUUCUCAGCUAUGGAGCAUUCAGUAAUUCAUUAUGUAAAACUCCUUAGAAAAAAAAAAAUGCUACCUGGUCACAAUUUUACUCUCAUAUGGAGUUGUGCUAUAUCUCAAUACAUUCUUGGAAAAAUAAAGAAAAGUGAAUAAAAAGCUGAAUAGAAAUAGAGACUCUAUAAAAACUACCUGUAAAGUAUCAUAAGUCCGGAAAAUAUUUGUGGCAUU